ACAAAAAUAUUCAGCCUGAUGAUGAAGUGGCACCGCAACAACAACAUUGCGGUUGAAAAAACAUGAACUUCCGAAAAGCAUACAGAGUAACAAAUUUCAAUCACCCCUUAUUAGAUAUCUACAGAACAUAGCCCACACCACACUAAAUGAACGUAGUAUACAAUAUACCGUACUUCAAGCAUUUCGUUCAAAUGAGCAAUGUAUUUGAUACGCGAAAUUAUAUUUAUCCGAACGAUUUUGUCAUUUGUCCAUGGAGCCAAAAUUUUAGGCGUAUUUCCAGUUCACUCCGGAAGUCAUUUCACUCUCGGAUUCAGCCUGAUGAGAGAAUUAGCCUAUAAAGGGCACGAAGUAACUUUUAUCAACUCAUUUCCUCAGAAAGAACCCAUCAGGAACCUCCGAGAUGUUUCUGUGGAAGAAAUUGAAAUAUCUGUUACAGAAUUCGUAAAUGACUUAGAAAGAUUUGGAAAGAUGAACUAUUGGGAUCAACUGGUAUUCAUGUCAACUCUUGGUAAAACAUAUACAGAGAAUGUGUUGAAACACAAAAACGUUCAAAAUCUCCUGAACUCUGGUGAGAAGUUUGAUUUGGUGAUAAUGGAACACUUCUGGAACGAAGCAAUGACAAUAUUUGCUCAUCAUUUCAAUUGUCCUCUGGUGUACUUUUCCACAGGACCAACCUCGAUUUUCAAUAGCCAUCUACUUGCGAAUCCAUCUUUUUCAUCGUAUGUCCCAAAUUUUUUAACGACUCACGGCUCACGAAUGACCUUCUUGGAGAGGGUGACGAAUUUAUUUUUGGAUAUACUUUGUGACAUUUAUAUGGAGUUCAGAUCAAUUCCAGAACAGAAUGCUGUGUUGAAAGCUGCAUUUCCUAAUGCCCCUGAUCUCAAAACAAUGAUGUACAAUGCUAGUUUAAUGUUCGUCGUUUCACACAUCAGUAUCCAUGAUCCACUGCCACUCCAACCAAGUAUUAAAUAUAUAGGAGGACAUCAUGUGGGUUCUUUAAAACCAUUACCUAUAAAAAUCAAACAAUUCAUGGAAAAUGCUUCAGAAGGUGUGAUUGUUUUUCAAACUGUUCCAGCACAUCCCAACACUGUUGCUUUCAUCAGCCAUGGUGGCCUCCUCGGCAUGAUAGAAUCUGUUUUUUUUGGUGUUCCCAUUCUGGGAAUUCCAACCUAUUGGGACCAAUACAAGAAUAUUGAAGAUGUUGUGAGAAGAGGCAUGGCUGUCAAAUUAAACCUACAUGAUCUUACUGAAGAAACUUUCAGCAAUGCUUUGAAUGAGAUACUCAAUGAUCCAAAGUAA